AUGCAAGUCACCUCGCUUCUCCGCUUCUCCGCCGUCUGCCCCUUCUUGGGCCACUCGACCCCCGCCUCCCUCCGAGCCCUCGCUACAGUCUCUGGCAACAAUGCCUCGGCCCUCACCUCCACUGCUAUGCAGUGCCCGAUGAUGGGUCCCAAGCUCGCUCAGAUUGGCCAGCAGCGCGGGUACGCCAGCGUCGCUGGGAAUCGCGAAGUCGAGGAGAUUCACAAGGCCAAGAACGUCGCAUACAACCCCUCGGCCGCACCGUCGGGCAAGUGUCCUCAUGCAAAGGCUGCCCAGCAGGCUGCUGCUGUCGCUCAGAAGGAGGCGGAGAAGGCUUCCUUGGGCGAGGCCACUCAAAGGUCGACUCCGGCACCCAAGGCUACCGGUGUCUUCAACUACGGCAACUUCUACGAGGUUGAGCUGGAGAAGAAGCACCAGGACAAGUCAUACCGAUACUUCAACAAUAUCAACCGGUUGGCUGCAAAGUUCACCAUGGCCCACACGGCCAGUGUGAAGGAUGAGGUCAACGUCUGGUGCUCGAACGACUACCUUGGUAUGAGCAAGAACCCGGUCGUACUUUCCACCAUGAAGCGCACACUUGACCGCUACGGUGCCGGUGCUGGCGGUACCCGAAACAUCGCCGGUAACGGUGCUCUCCAUCUCUCCCUCGAGGACGAGCUUGCCGCUCUCCACCGCAAGCCCGCCGCCCUGGUCUUCUCUUCCUGCUACGUCGCCAACGACGCCUGCCUCGCCACACUCGGUGCCAAACUCCCCGGCUGCGUCGUCUUCUCGGACUCUAUGAAUCAUGCCUCCAUGAUUCAAGGCAUCCGUCACUCGGGCGCCAAGAAGGUCAUCUUUGGCCACAAUGACCUCGCGGACCUCGAGGCCAAGCUCCAGGCGGUCCCCAAGGAGACACCCAAGAUCAUCGCCUUUGAAUCGGUCUACUCGAUGUGCGGCUCUAUUGCCCCCAUCGAGGCGAUCUGCGACCUCGCGGAGAAGUACGGCGCCUUGACCUUCUUGGACGAGGUCCACGCCGUCGGGAUGUACGGUCCGUCCGGCGCUGGAGUGGCGGAGCACCUCGACUUUGAGGCGCACCACGCCACCCGCGAGUCGGGCGAGGCGGUCUCUCGGUCUGUCCAGGACCGGGUGGACAUCAUCACUGGUACCCUCGGCAAGGCGUACGGUGUGGUCGGCGGAUACAUCGCGGGGUCGGCCGACCUCGUCGAUGUCGUCCGGUCUUACGCUCCCGGUUUCAUCUUUACCACCUCCCUCCCUCCUGCCAUUGUCUCCGGCGCUCAGGCGUCCAUCGCGUACCAGCGCGAAUCCAUGGAUGACCGUCGUCUCCAGCAGAUCAACACGCGCGAGGUCAAGCGCCAGCUCGGCGAGAUCGGAAUCCCCGUCGUCCCCGGUCCAUCUCACAUCAUCCCCGUCCUCGUCGGUGACGCCGCGCUCGCCAAGGAAGCCUCCGACACCCUUCUAUCCAAGCACAAGAUCUACGUCCAGUCCAUCAACUACCCUACUGUCGCGCGCGGCGAGGAACGUCUUCGUAUCACCCCUACCCCCGGCCACACGGCCGAGCAAAUCACCCACCUCGUCCAGUCUAUCGAGUCAGUCUUCAACCAGCUGGAUCUGAAGCGCACGGCCGACUGGGAGGCGAUUGGCGGGCGCGCCGGCGUGGGCAUGCCCCAGGCCAAGGAGGUGCCUCAGAUCUGGACGGACAGGCAGUUGGGGAUGCACGAUGGGAGUGCGCCGCUCAGGUUGGAGCAUGGCAAGGAGGCGGUCGCGAAGGAUGAUGCGGUCAAGAUUGCCAAGGACAGGCUGACCCACCUGUUGGGCAGCCAGGCCGGGCCGGCUCUGGGUGACUCGGCGGUUACUGCCUGA